AUGCAUAAUUGCUGUUUUGAAAAUAGUAAUUCUUAUAUGGAAUGGAAGCCAAAUGAAAAAAUAUAUAAAACGAUAAUUGAAGCCUUAACUUCAUGUAAUAGUUCGAAUAAUACUGUACAAACUGAAGUUACAAAAGUUUUAAAAGACUUAAAUGAAAAUGUAUCUGAUGCAGCAUUAUAUUUAUUACAUAUAUUUAUGAAUAAAGAAGAAAAAAAUGAUGUUAGACAAGUAGGAGGAUUGUUAUUAAAAAAUUACAUAAAUUCAAAAAAUAAAUUUUUAACAAAUGAUAUUUUAAAAAUAAUAAAGAAUGAAAUUUUUAAAUUAGUGGAAGAUGAAGUAAAAGAAAUAAGGAAUACUUCAGGUUCUGUUAUAACUACAAUUUUAACAAAAUACGAAGGAAUAGAAAAAUGGCCAGAAGCUUUAUAUAAUUUAUUAGUUUUAAUAGAUCGCGGAAAUAAUGAUGUUGUUGAUGGUGCAUUUCGCGCUAUUAUAAUAAUAAUUGAAGACGAAUUAAUGAAUAGAAAAAGUACUGAUUCUCUUUUUUUUCAGUUUUGCAAAACACAACUAUUACAGAAAUUAUUUUCUUUUUGCUCUCCACAAGAAAAAAGCAUAAAAAAAAAGUAUGCAGCAGAAUGUCUCGAUUUAUUUAUAACAUCUUCAUGCUUUACUCUCAAUGGGGUAUUUGAUGAUUAUUUUCCACAAUUGUGGGAAUGCUUAGGUUAUUUAGCAUCAGAAGAAGAUACUCAAAUUUUAAAAAUUGUAGUUACAUGUAUGACAAUUAUAACAGAUACUCGUUAUUCUUCAAUCUUUAGUAAUUUGGAUGCUAUUAUUCAAUUUAUGGUUAAUGCAACUAAUUCAAAUGAUAGAAAGGUUCAAUUAGAAGCUUUAGAAUUUUGGCCAGUUUUUAUAAAAGAUAGAAGUUAUAUAGCUUAUUCAAACUGUAAUAAUAAUAAAAAUGACGUAAACAAAUCGGAAAAUUAUAUUGAUGAAAAUGUAUAUAAAAAUAUAAAUGAUUUAAGAAAUGAAGCUUUAAAAACAUUAAAAAAUUAUUUACCUUAUUUAUGUAAAAUAUUAGUAGAUAAUACUGUAUACACAAAAUGGGAUUACUUAACCAUGGAUGAAUCUCAUUUUCAAAAUGACAAUGCAAAUGUACCAGAUUUAAUUCAAGAUAUUACACCAGAAUUAUAUAACAAUAAAAAUAAUGAUAUAAAUCAAGAUGAAAUUAAAAUGAAUAAAUUAAAUAAUAAUGAUAAUAAUAGUAAUAAUAAUAUGAAUGAUACAAGUGAUAUAAAUAAUGAAAAUUUAGAUGAUUAUAGUGAUGAUGAAAAAAAUGAUGAUAUGACAGCAAGAACAUGGGGAAAUGAUUGGACUGUUAGAAAAGGAGCAGCAUUAUGCUUAGAUUAUUUAUCUAAUGUAUAUAAUGAUGAUAUAUUAGAAUAUAUUUUACCUCAUAUAGAAGAAAAACUGAUGAGUGAUAAAUGGAAUAUAAGAGAAAGUGCUGUCUUAACCUUAGGUGCUAUAGCAAAAGGUUGUAUGUAUAGUUUAUCACCAUUUAUACCUAAAGUGUUAGAAUACUUAAUCAAAUUAUUAAACGAUGAAAAACCUUUAGCAAGAAGUAUUUCUUGCUGGUGUGUUACAAGAUUUUCUUCUUGGAUAUGUCAUCCAGACAAUUGUGAUAAAUGGUUUGAACCUGUUUUAUUAAAUUUACUAAAGAGAAUUUUAGAUAGCAAUAAGCGUGUUCAAGAAGCAGCUUGUUCUUCAUUUGCAAACCUUGAAGAAGAUGCCUUGGAAUUACUAAAUAAUUAUUUGCAUGAAAUUGUUCAUACUAUUCAACAGGCAUUUCAAAUAUAUCAAGCAAAAAAUUAUUUUAUUUUAUUUGAUGUUGUUGGAACAUUAAUUGAUAGUGUUAAUAUUGUAAAAGAGAAUAAUGAAUUGGCCCAUCAAAUUGUUAAUUCUAUCUUAUCCAAAUGGAAUAAUAUUCGUAUUAGUAGUCCAUAUAUUAUUGCCUUAAUGGAAUGUAUGUCCUGUAUAACUAGCGCUUAUGGUAAAGAAUUUUUAAAAUAUUCUCAAAAUGUUAUAAGAACUUGUAUAAAAUUUUUAGUUUUACUAUAUAUUGAUUUAGAAGAAGAAAUUAAAUAUUAUUACUCUAAAAAAUCAGGAAAUUCCAUUUCUUAUAUUGUUAAUAGGAAUAACAUUUCCCCAACAGCUAGCGAAUUAUUAUCAUAUUAUAAAAUAACAAAUGAAGAAUAUUUUACCAGUAUAAAAGAUAUUGAUUCUAUUUCACCUUCGAAAAAAAAGGAUUUAAUUGAAUGUAGUUUUGAUUUAUUAUCUAGAAUAUUAAGUGUUGUGAAUUCUAAUAUUAUGAACAUUAUAAGUGAAAACGAAUAUAAUUUUAUACCUUUAGUUCAUAGAUAUUGCUUAAAAUUAGAAAAUAUAAAAUUUGAUGGUAUGAAUAAGAUAAAUCAUGAUUUUAAAAUUCUUAACUGUGAUACAUCCCUAAAAAAUGGAAUCAUAGGUAAAGAAGAAAGCACUGAAUUAGCAAAACAAUUUUUAAACUUUGGAAUACUACAGUCAAAUUUUGCUUUAAUAGGAGAUAUUUCAAGAUUUUGCACUCAGUAUUUAAUAUCUUAUUUAAAUGAUAUAAUACCAUUUUUAAUUGCACAUAUUACUCAUCCAUCUACUCCAGUUUCAAAUAAUGCUAGUUGGGCAAUAGGAGAAAUUAGUAUACAUAUUAAUUCUCAAUAUAUGGAAAUGUAUGUGGAUGAAAUUAUAAAGCAGCUUAUCUUUAUUUGUCAGAAUUCCAAAUAUCAUGGUUGUCUCUUACAAAAUAUUUGUAUAACUUUAGGCAGAUUAUCAUCUACAUAUCCUAAAAAAAUCAUUUUUUAUUUUCCCCAAUUUUUAAAAACUUGGUUAAAAAUUAUGUCUCAUGGAACGCAAGAAAAUGAAAAAAUAAAUGCGCUUAAAGCUGUUUUGGACACUUUAUAUCUAAAUUUAGAUAUUGCAGCUGAAAAUCUAAAAGAUAUUGUAUAUAUAAUAUUAAAGUAUAAAUAUGUUUCUCAAAAUUUGAACAUCUUUUUUCAUCAAUUUUUAUCAACAAUGAAACAAAAAUAUCCUAAUCAAUGGAAAGAAAUAUAUCAACCAACUAAUGAUUCCCAUUCAUCUCCUAUUCCAAAUGAUAUGCUAAACGAUUUGAACGUUAGAUUUAACUUAUAA